CAUCUCGUCACUCUUGGUCCCUUAUUUCCCAACUCUAUCCAGUGUCAAGCCGAGACAAGAAACCUGUUGCUUCCUUGUCAUAACUGCCCAUUGCACUUUUGUCUGUUGUUUACGCCACAACACGGUCUCACAGGCGACAAGAUACCUCUCAAUACAUCCAUUCGAGUCUCGCGAUACCGGCCCAAGAGACUCGAACUUCUCACUCCGGCUUGGGCACCGCACUACCACAAGAACAUUGAGAACUUGUCAAGAAAAGAAAUCCCAAUCUCAUCUCUCGCCAAAGACAGCCGUCCACGUGCGCCACAGACAACAUCAGACCAUCUCCCCGGAUCAGCAUUGAUCAACUUUUGCGAAACAAGGACCCCCAUAAUCCACGAGUCCCGGAAGCAUGAAUUCGGAAGAACCAGUCGAUUUCUGCCCCUACCGGCAGAACCUUGAUUGGAGCCAAGUCCAAACCCAAGACUUCUCCAACGUCCAGUAUUUCCAACCAUCAGAUUCAGAGCUGGAAAAUGACGGCGACGUAUAUGCCAAUGGCGUGACGUAUCCCUCACAACCUGCACAGGCCAGCAGCAGCAGCAAAAAGAGCAAGAAGAAGGCCAAGAAGGAGAAGAAGGCAGCACAAUACACUUAUGAAGAGCCACCAGCUGCCGCUCCUGAACUUCCCACGCCUGAACCGCCUCAAGAUACCGGUAUAGCCGAAGACGAGUGGCCAACGACUGCACCUUCAAAAAAGGACAAGAAGAAAAAGAAGAAGGGCAAGAAGGAGGAAGCUGCUGCGCCUCCGCCGCCUCCGCCUCCGCCACCCGUAGAACUCGAGUCCGAACCGGAACCUGAGCUUGAACCUGAGCCCGAGCCCGAGCCUACGCCUGAACCAAUAAAAGAGGAAGAGGUCGUUGUAGAGGAGGCACCAGUGUCUCCGACGAAGACGAAGGAAUCCUCCAAAAAGGACAAGGACAAGGAAAAGAAGAAAGACAAGAAGAAGAAGAAGAAGGGCAAGGGCGGAAAAGACGCCGAACCGGAGCCGGUUGAGAGCUCAAGAUCGAUCCCUCCUCCCCCACCGCCACCCCCGGUUGAGGACGUAAGGCCACCAAAGAUGGAGGAUGUCCCAGCUCCGCCUCCGGAGACCGUCAUUGAGGCCAAGGAGGAACCCCCGGCCGUCGAAGCGGAUAUUGAGCCCGCUGCUGACCGGAGUCUCGAUGACGCCAAAGACGACGAGAAGGCAGCGACGGAGAUAUCGCCAGAAGCCGCAGCCGACAUUGCAGAGGUAACGGAGUCUGCAGCUGUAGAUCCCGCCGCCGCCGAAGCUCCUGUUGAAGCGCCGACAGAAGACAGCCAAGAUCACGCGGCCGAUACCCCAGCCGUCGAUGACACCUCAGCUACCACGCCGGCAGAAGCGACAACUGAGUCAGCAGAGACUGCACCUGAAGCUCCCACGGAGGAGGUUACAGCCGAUGAGCCUUCAGCACCGGGAGCCGAACCUCAGACUGACGACACACCACCUACCGAAGCUGUUCCCGAGGCUCCUGAGGCCCAGGCUGAAGCCGAAGCUGACAAGGAGGCGGACGACAAUACUCAAGACGCAGCUUCUGCCGACACACCUGCUGAUGUAGUCCCCGAGUCAGCUGCAGAGACUCCAGCAGAGGACAAAUCUGACGAGUCUGCACCCACGACAGACGAUGCGGCCCCGGCAACCGACGAAGACAAGCCCGCGGAGUCCACCGCCUCAGAUCCGGCUCCCGAAGCUCCUCUUGACGCAAAGCCCGAGGAUCCUACACCGACAGAGGAGCCCGCUAGCGAACCUGCAGCUGAGCCUGCUUCGGAAGAUAUCGCGCCUGCCACAGAGGCGGCGGUUGAUGCCUCAGUCGAAACCGAGUCUGGAGAUGCUGCUCCUGUGGAGGAAGAGGCAACUGAAGACGCUCCUGCUGAGUCAAAGCCUGAAGAUCCCACGCCAGCUCCGGAAGAGCUUGUAGCCUUGGAAGAGCCAGCAACAGCUCCUGCAGAUGAUAAGCCAGAGGAUUCUGCUCCUGUAGAUGAACCAGUCGCUGAGACUCCCGAGGAGCCAAAGCAAGAAGACGCCACACCUGUGGAACCUGCGUCUGAAGCGUCAGUUGACGCCGAGCCUGCGGAUGCAGCUCCCGUUGAGCCUGUUGCCGAAGCCGUAGAGGAGGCUAAGCCGGAUGGCGCUGCCGCUACAGAGGAUUCUACUACCGAUGCUCCUGCCAAUGCUCCAGUUGAUGCUCCGGUUGAUGCCCCGUCUGACGUCACAGCCGAAGAAUCAGCGCCCGCAGAAGAACCUGCUGCUGCCGAAGUCAAGUCUGAGGAUCCCGCCCCAGAAGAGGCACCCGCAGAGGUUUCGCCUGAAGAAUCCUCCGCUCCUGCUACUCCUGCUGCUCCUGCAGCCGAAGAAACUCCUGAGGCCAAGACUGAGGGUGGUUCUCCUGCAGAAGCACCGGCUGCCGAAGCCACGGCUGACGAGGCAUCUGGUGAACCAGCUCCAGCCGAGCCCUCAGCCGAGCCACCGAUUGAGGUUACGGAAGAGGCGACUCCAGAGGAGCCAACGUCGGAAGAGGCAUCCACGGUUGAACCGGCUUCGACAGAGGCAUCUUCAGUUCCUUCCGAGGUCACACCUGAGGUCACCAAGGAGGCUGAGACGGCCGACGCUGCACCGGCGGAGACUGAUGCCGCCGAUGCUCCGGCUGAGGUGGCUGCCGAGACCCCGGCAGCUGAAGAAGUAGCGCCAUCGGAAUAUGCACCCACUGAACCUGCAGUUGAUACACCAGCUGUGGAGUAUGCAACCGAGGCCGCAGUCGUCGAGACAGAUGCCCCCGCGGAUGAUGCUGCAAAGUCCGAAGAGGCUGAACCAGCCCCCGCCGCCUCCGAGGAAGCGCCAGCACCUGAUGCUCCGGCCGAAGCGGCUGAAAGCGAGGAACCUACUCCUGCUGAGCCGACCGAGGUUAAAGAAGAGGCAGCACCUCCUGAGGCCGAACCUCCGGUUAUCCCAGAGGAUGCAACAACCGCCGAUGCAGCUGCUGAAGAGUCCAAGCCUGACGACGCCGCCGCUGAGGCAGAGUCAGCUGCGCCACAAGAAGAAGCUCCUCCGGCUGUUGAAGAUGCGCCCGCUCCCGUCGAGGCGGAUGACAAGUCAGUUGAGCCUGUCACCAGUACCGAACCAGCAGAGGAGCAGCCUACCACUGCAGACAAGGAAGUCGACUCAGCGACUCAACCGGCAGAGACCGAAAACGAACCCGCGGUCGCUGAGGCGGCCGAGGCAUCCGUCGAAGUAGACGCCCGUCCUGCGGAUGCUCCUGAGCCUGCCGCUGAGACCGCAAAUGCUGACGAUGCCGAGCCUUCCAAGGAGACUGAGCCCGAGGUUGACGCUGAAGCCUCCAAGGAGACUGAAAUUGAGCCCUCAACAGAGGUUGCUGAAAGCGCUGAACCUCCCAAAGACUCAGAGCCCGAGGCUGCUGUUGAUGCCACAUCCGAUACCCCUGAGACGGUCGAGGCAACUGCCGACGAGACAAAGAAUCCUGAAUCUGAACCUGCCCAGGAUGAAAUCCCCGCUCCUGAGGAAGAGGAUAGUCCUUCUGCGGAAACUGAGCCGGAGGCUCCCAAGGCGGAAGAAGUUGAAGUUACAAACGUCGAGCCAGAUGCUUCUGAGCCAGUCGAAGCUGAAGCUGAAGUCCCCAAGGAGGCUGCGGUGGAAGCUGCGGUGGAGAAUGCUGCCGUAGAUGAGCCUUCCGCGGCUCCCGAGGUUGAUAACAUGGAAGAACCUGCUCCGGUGGUUGCGGCAGAGGUUGAGGCUCCCGCUGACGCUGCUCCUGAGGGUGCUUCUGACGAUACUCCCGAAGUCGCUCCUGAGACUUCUUCCGAGGAUGCCCUCGAAGUCACUCCUGCGAUUGCUACGGAGGCUGUCCCUGAGGCAGCUCCUGAGACCGAACCCGAGGCUGCAGCUGCUACAGUUGAAACAGAUGUCACUAAGGAGGCUGAAGCCGAGGCUGCUGUUGAGCCCGACACUGCUCCUGAGGUUGCAACAGCCGAAGCCGAGCCUACUGCAGCCGAGCCCGAGGCACCGAAAGAGGACGAAGCUGCCGCAACACCAGAAGACACCCCAGAGGACACCCCAGAUGUCUCCAAGGAAGCCGUAGACGAAACAACAGACGCCGCCACGGAAGACGCAGUUGUCUCAACUGAAGAACCUGCGACUGAAGCUGAAGCCGCACCCGAGGAUGCCAAGACCGACGAGACAGUUCCCGAUCCCGCCCCGGAGGAGCCGAUUGCCGCCGCCGCCGCCGAAGUGGAGACCGAACCAGAAGCUCCUGAGGAACCCAAGACCGAAGUCAACGAGAACGAAGCUGCAACUGAGCCCGAGGCGGCCACGGAAACCACAGCCGCGGAACCAGAGGCACCUGCCGCAACUGAGGAUCCUCAGCUUGAACCCGCGGCUGAGGCAGAAGCUGAGUCAACUCCCGAGACCACAGAAGAAGUCUCCGCUGCGGACCCGGUCCCAGACGCCAAAGAGCCUGAGCCGUCAACUGAGGAAGCUGUUCCGGAGAAGGCUGCAGAGACGGCCGCAGAUGCUGGCGAGGCGCAACCUGAGACUGAUGCUGCCGCUCCCGAACCCGAGGUUCAGCCUGAGGAGUCCGCAGCGGCUGCUGUUGAAGAGCCUGCGCCCGAAACAGAGGUCUCCGCAGAUGAAAACGAACCGGAGGCCAAGGUUGAGGACGAUGCUGAAGCCAAGGAUCCUGAAUCUGAAGCACCAGUAGCAGAGCCCGAAGUCGAGACGGCGUCAGCUGAGGCAGCUCCCGCAGCCGAGGACACCAAGGAGCCAGAGGCUGAGGCUAUCCCCGAGGCUUCCCCUGAGACGCAGGAGGUCGACCCUGCUGCCGAAGCGGCAAAGGAGCCCAAGCCUGUUGCUAAAGCUGAGCCUGCUGCUGAAGCUGAGCCCGCUGCUGAAGCUGAGCCCGCUGCUGAAGCUGAGGCUGUUUCUGAAGCAGAGCCUGCCGCCGAAUCCAAAGAUCCCGAGCCCGAGGCAGACACACCCGUCGUGGCCGUUUCAGAGGAAGCGGCGCCGAUCCCGGAGACUGUGGCUGAAGAGGUCAAGGAGGCUGAUGUUGAGCCUGCUGCUGCUGACCCUGCUGCUGACCCUGCUGCUGAGCCCGCUGUGGAAGCUGACCCAGCUCCUGAUUUCAAGGAGGCGGAACCCAAGACCGAUGUUGUUACUGAAGCAGACGUCAAGGAACCCGAGGUUGAGGCUACGGCUGAACCUGAUGCCGCUCCUGAAGCAGAAGCUGUUGUUGAAGCUCAGGAGCCCGUUUCUGAACCUCCUGCUGUGGCAGCGGUUGAGGAGCCAGAGCCUGCACCUGCGCCCACGGCUGAGGAAGCUGAAGCACCCGAAGCUGAUGUCGAAGUGGCGAAAGUCAAAGAAGAAGAGCCUGCGGCUGAUGCGGAACCUGUCGCAGAGGUUGCUGAUCCUGCUCCUGAGACUGAUUCGAAAGAGCCUGAGCCCGAACCGGAAUCCACUCCGACCGAUGCUGCUCCGGCCGAAGAAGCUGUCGACGUUACAAACACGCCCCCAGAGCCGGAAGCGCCAGCAGCAGCCGAGGAGGCCAAAGAACCCGAAGCGGCUGCUGAAGAAGUUGCUGCAGCAGAAGAAGUCAACGAUCCUGAGCCCCAGGCCGAAGUUGUCGAGGAUGCGAAGGAUGCUGCCGCCGAAGAGACCACUCCGGAGGCUGAGGAGGCCCAACCCGAUCCGCCCGCUGCGGUGGAGGAACCCGCUGAGGCGGAGCCUGCACCCGAAGUCAAAGAGGCGGAGGCGGACCCGGUGACUGAGCCAACUUCGGAAGAGACCAGGGAGCCUGAACUCGCCGAAGCCGUUGCGGAGGCGAGUCAUGCUGCCGCAGUUGAAGAAACGCCGGCACCGGAACCUGAGCCUACUCAAGAGACCGAGGCCCCCGACGCCGUCGAAGCAGAUGCUGUCACCGAACCGGUUGAGGAGACUGCACCUGCUGAGGAACCUGCACCUGCGCCUGCUGAUGAGCCUGCGUCUGCUGAGCCUGACGCGCCCGCAGAAGCAGCCGUUGAAGAGCCUACCGAAGCACCUGUUGAAGAUCCUGCCCCGGCCGAAGACUCUACACCAGCUGAGGAGUCCGCGGCGGCUGAGGAACCCGCAGCGGGCCUGGAGCCUGCAGCGGCCGAAGAGCCUGCUCCUGCUGAAGAGCCUGCUCCUGCUGAAGAGCCUGCUCCUGCUGAGACAGAGGCGCACGCGGAGCCAGAACCGGCUGCAGAAGCAGCUGUUGAAGAAUCUGCACCCAUCGAGGAGCCUGCAACAGCUGAGCCGGAAGCACCAGCUGAGCCUGAAGUACCAAUUGAGCCAGAGGCGCCUACUGAAGCAGCUGCCGAACCUGUGCCACAGUAGCUACGGGAGCAGCGGUGGCGGCAGGAGCAGAUGGUGAGAAGACGCGGUCUUUGGAUGCUGAGGAAAGCAAGGAUACGGUGGGACCAAUUGCCUCUGAUGCGAGAGAGGCAGAGAAAUCAGGUGAGAACUC